AUGGCGGCUGACGAAUACAAUACGAUGUCCGCGACGCUCCGAUUUCCUUUCCAAGCCUCCCUGGAUGGGUCGAGCCUAGUAGAAACCAACGGCGACUUUUAUUAUGGACACGGCACCGCUCACGUCGUCGCUGAGCUACCGGCUGAGACACCGCCAGAAGAACCAGUGACAGAAGAAGCAGAACAGAGCGAGCCAGAGGCAGAGGCAGCUACCAUGGCCGAUCUUGACGAGGAACAGCAGCAUUAUAAUCAGCAACCCCCGGCCGUCUACCAAACACCGCGGUGGGACAGUUUGUUGAACGAUCAAGGACCACAAGUUACAACUUCACGACCGGUGUCGCUGCUGCCGCACCGCAUAGAUACCUCGGAUCAGCAGAGAUUCGCUACCGAGCACGAAAUGACCGCAGAGCAAACAGAGGAUGAAGGGCUGUAUUGCGAGUCGCCAACAUCAACAAUAGAGCCGCCAGCACCAUCAAAAGUCGAAUUGCUUGCACAGAGAGGCGCACCGCCUCGAUUUUACUCGACCCCAAUCGUGGAUGGCGACCCUAGCUCGACUCCUGUUGCACUGUAUGGCCUCGAACAGCCAUCAGAACAUAUAGUGCGUUCCAAGAAGCUGGUGUCCCCGUUACGAUCCCGAACCUAUUACUCGACCGCACCGAUUCGCCCAUCUUCCCGGCAUGGACCAUCGCCUUUCUCGUCGACGCUUCGACCAGGGAUCCCAGAGGCACCGGAGCCAUUGGAGUCUUCGUCGAAGAGGAUAUCGGUGAUGCUUAGGAGGGCAUCGCAGCAUCUAACACAAUCGACAUAUAUACCUAGCAGGGUUGAUAGACCGGGAGUAGACUCGACGGGGUCAUCUACCAACUCAACCAUCCGGUCAAUGGCUACCACCUUUGCGCCUGGUGAUGAAUACACUACACCCGCCUCUUCGACCGCCGCUUCUCCAACCUUGGAGGCAACUCCACCUCCAGAUGAGAAGCCUUCUCCAAGUGCAGACACCACAGACCACCAUAUCCAAGACAAUCAACCAGACGUUGCUGUUUCUUCUCCCCCCUCCUUGCCACCAUCCCCUCCGAGACCUAUUCGUCGCAAAACCACGUCCGCCAUGAGCUAUGUUUCCGACAGUGCCUCUGUCUCUGGAGAGUCAUCCCGGCGAAUGUCGAUAUUCAACCUCCGGUUCCGAAAACCCUCCCCCAUGUCUCAGCACUCAUUCACGCGUAGCAAUGAAACCCUGAGCACAAUCCGGGCAGCUGGAGAAGACGCUCAACAUGCCAACACUUUCCCCCUUCCGCCUGCAGCACCCACAAGAUCACCCUCAAAACCCAUGCCAUAUUCUCCCGACAGUUUCAUCUCUCCUCAUGGCCGCACACAAUACAGAACAACACCUCUUCCAGAUGACGACACCACCACUAAUAACAGCAUCGCCUCGCCCAACCCCAUCAGACCUCACACCAGCUACAUUCCCGCCACAGCUUCCAGCAGCAACACAACAAGUCGCUCCAUCAGAAACUUCUCGAAACCCCGAAAUUUCGAAUCUGCAACUCAGUCACAGCCUUCUGGGCAUGGACAUAGCGAAAAAUCAGAGAAGCAAAAGAGGACUGCUGCUCACCGAGCCACCAAAUUCCUAGCGCGAGUUUUUAUAUCGGAUUGA